AGGUGACACUGACACUGACAAUCAAAAACCAGCAGAUGAUCGUGAAAUUUUGCAAAAAUUCGCGAAACGAUACUGUGAAAAUGUGAAUUGGACAAUUUCCUGCCUGUAAUUUAUUUUGCAAAACUGAAAAUGUGUGCAACCAUUUCCAUGUGAAUUGUAUCCACAAGCAAAGUCAAAAAAAGAUUUGAUGAGUCAAUAUGGCUUUAUCGAAAAGUCGCUUCAUUGUGCCAAGAUUUUUGUUUCCAAAACGUGCAUUACUUAGUUUUCAGGGUCAUUACGUAAAUAGAAUCGAAGAUAUCCAGGGUCAGUGUCACAAUCCAAACUUUCAGAAGCGUACUUUCAUUAACUUCCCACCACAGAAUAGGACCAGACAAUAUAGUGGGAGGCAGCUGGUUGGGCAUACAAUGGAACAAAUGUUUGAAGUUGUCUCUGAUGUAGAAAAUUAUUAUCAGUUUGUACCCUGGUGUAAGAAAUCUGUGGUGCUAUUGAAAACCCCUGCCCGCCUAAAAGCAGACCUAAUAGUUGGAUUUCCACCUAUAAAUGAAAGUUACACAUCUAAUGUUACAUUAAUGAAGCCACAUUUAGUCAAAGCAGAGUGUACAGAUGGGAAACUUUUCCACCAUAUGCUAACACUAUGGAGAUUCAGCCCAGGAUUGAAGAGGGAACAGCAGUCAUGUGUUGUUGACUUUCAGAUAACAUUUGAAUUUAAAUCUGCAUUCCACUCACAUCUUUCGAACUUGUUCUUCGAUCAAGUCGCCAGCCAAAUGGAGAGUGCUUUCAUUAGGGAAGUUGGCCGAAGGUAUGGACCAGCUACAAUGCAGCCAAGAAAUCUACUCCAAAGCAACAAUCAUGCAAUCAAGAGUUGACAUGAACCUUAAAGUAGACCAAAUGUAGCACCAUUGGAUAUUGUUACUUAACGUAACAUAAAAAAGUAUUUUUUGUGAUAACUUGAUGACAUUGUAAAUAAUAAUUUAUUGGGAAAAUAGCAUAUUUUAUCCUGAAGUUGUUUAAUACAUAAAAUAGAUUACACAAACUGUGAAAAA